AUGGCCGAGCUCACUUUAACUCUUAAAAAAGAAGAAGAUGGCUAUUCCAUAGUUUCUGAUCUUUCUCUACAGUCACAGUUCCCUUUUCUCUCUCCUCAAUCUACCCUUCCGCCCGCUACAAUCCCCAGCUGUGCUGCUUGGUUUGACCCUUUAAGCAUCCAUCAAAUAGAAAUUGACUCUAUGAAGGAAUUUUUUAAUGGAAAAUAUCCAUCAAAAACCCCACAGGUUUAUCUCACAUAUCGCAAUUAUAUAAUAAAACUUUAUCGAGACAAGCCAACAGGCUAUCUAUCCGCAACUCACUGUAGACGUGUUCUCACUGGCGAUGCUCCCGCUAUAAUUCGUUUGCAUGCAUUUCUAGAGCAUUGGGGAUUAAUAAACUUUUUUGCCCCAAAGCCUUAUCCAGAGGCUUCAAAAGACUUGGCGUGACCUGGACAUAUUUCUUACCCUAAAAAGAGAUUAUUUGAGCUUGGACGUCCUUAUUGCGAAUUUUGUGGGAAUAUUUGUGGGGUUGUUUGGUUUAAGAAUAUGGAUUUUUGCUUGUGCUCUGACUGUUAUGAGCAAGGCAACUUCCCAUCUGAAUUGAAUCAAGAAAAUUUUCAAAAAGAGGAUUUAUUAAGUCAUUAUAAUUAUGCUGCAUUAGGAAAAGGGGCUGAUUGGGACCAAGAAAGCUUUAUAAAACUCUUAAGAGCGUUAGAAAAGCACAAUGAAGACUGGGAUGCUAUAUCUGAAGAAGUAGGAAAAGAAAAAUCUGAAUGUAUAAAAAAAUAUUUAGAAAUCCCCGUUAGAGAUUUAAUGGAAAUGGAAAAUCAAAGACAGUGCGAUUACAACUUCCCAGCUACACAGAAACUAGUUGAUAUUCAGCAGAAUAUUGACAUUGAAAAAGCUAUAGAAAGAGCAAAAGAAAUUAAAAUUCAAGAAGAUGUACAGAUUGAUAAUGUAUUGAACAAAAUGAUAAAACUUCAAUGUGAUAAGCUGGAAUUGAAGGCAAAAUUGAUAAAAGAUGUGCAGGAUUUAAUGAAAUUACAGUCAAUUAGCUAUAGGCUGCGUUUACAAAGUUUGGUCAAUUCACAGGUAGCUUUAAGCUUGUCUAAAGAAUAA